CACCCGAACAGCCACCGAGACUGCAUAACGCCAUAACCCCAGCCUCAGCUUCCACUACUCUACCAACUGAACCACAAAACACAUAAAAAUGCUUCUCCGCUCUACAAAACCUCUCCAUCACCACCUCUCCGCCACCAAACUCCUCCUUCUCCGCCACCUCAAAACCCUCCCCUCCACCAUCACCACCAACAACAAAGACGCCUACUUCUCCUUAAUACACAACAUAACAAACAUAAUCCGCAAAGAAGUCUACCCAGAACGCACCCUCAACAAACUAAACCUUCCCAUCACUUCAGAACUCGUUUUUCGUGUCCUUCGAGCUUGUUCUAACUCUCCUUCCGAAUCCCUCCGUUUCUUCAACUGGGCUCGCUCUUAUUACUCUCCUACAACUAUUGAAUACGAAGAACUCAUCAUAACCCUUGUACGUAACAAGAAAUACGCCUCAAUGUGGAAACUCAUAGCCCAAGUUAAGGACAACCUCGGCGACAAAUUUUCUGUUUCUUCUGACACUGUUUGUUCUAUCAUCGAAGAGUAUGGUAAACAUGGUUUGAUAGAUCAAGCGGUUGAGGUUUUUAAUAAAUGCAGUCGUAGUUUAAAUUGUCAACAAAAUGUUUGUGUUUAUAACUCCUUGCUUUUCGCUUUGUGUGAGGUUAAAAUGUUUCAUGGUGCUUAUGCUUUGGUUAGGAGAAUGAUUAGAAAGGGGAUAGUGCCGGAUAAAAGGACUUAUGGGGUUCUUGUAAAUGGGUGGUGUUCGAGUGGGAAGUUACGAGAGGCGAAAGGGUUUUUGGAGGAAAUGAGUAAGAAGGGGUUUAAUCCACCGGUGAGAGGGAGGGAUUUGUUGAUUGAAGGGUUGUUAAAUGCAGGCUAUUUGGAGUCGGCGAAGGAUAUGGUGAGGAGGAUGAUGAAGGAAGGGCUUGUGCCUGAUGUUAAUACAUUUAAUUCAAUGCUUGAGGCGAUUUGUAAUGCGGGGGAAGUUGAUUUUUGUGUUGAUAUGUAUCAUAGUGUGUGUAAGUUGGGGUUUUGUCCGGAUAUAAAUAGUUACAAGAUUUUGAUUCCAGCUGUUUCAAAGGUGGGUAGGAUUGAUGAGGCUUUCAGGUUGUUGCAUAAUUUGAUUGAGGAUGGGCAUAAACCAUUUCCUAGCUUGUAUGCGCCAAUAAUUAAGGGGAUGUUUAGGAGAGGGCAGUUUGAUGAUGCGUUUUGUUUCUUUAGUGAGAUGAAGGUCAAGGGACAUCCUCCGAAUAGGCCGGUGUAUACAAUGAUGAUAACAAUGUGUGGACGUGGAGGGAAGCAUGUGGAAGCGGCGAAUUAUUUGGUGGAGAUGACUGAGAUAGGUUUGGUGCCAAUUUCUAGGUGCUUUGAUAUGGUUACCGAUGGGUUGAAGAAUUGUGGGAAGCAUGAUCUUGCUAAAAGGAUAGAGCAGUUGGAAGUGUCUCUUCGUGGUACUUGAAUUGACAGCUGCAAGACAUUACCAAUUGCUUCAUUGAAUAUGGAUAUUGGUAUUGUUUAACAGCAUGAAACUGAAGGCUGAUAUGAUUGCUGCUUAAAUACAAAAAAGCUGGCUAGUUUCGAAAAGACUGGAUGUCAUUGAAGCAUCAUUGAGGUUCUGUUCUCUGUCAAGAACUAAUUUCAUGAGAGAUGAACUAGCAAGGGGAAGAGCGUAGGUCAACUUUCAAGACCUGCACUGGUUUUCUGAUCUCACAAUUCCUUGCAGUACCACCUUAGGUUUCAUGGCACGUUCCAUUUCAGGUUUUUCUUCUAUUACUUGGCCAGAUAUCAUUUUGUAGCUACAGGAAAUAUGCUCUAAUGUCUGGAUAUUCUAGAUAGCUCACAGGACUGAUCAAGCAUAUGCCAAAGGGAUAUGAAUGUGCUACAUUUCUCAUCUAUAUUAUUUUCCUAGAUAUCAAUGGCUUGCAUUCAGCCCUUUUGGUACACAGAA